AUGCUAUUUUUACGCGCGGACACCGGACACCCGGCUGGGCCGGCUGCGGCACCGGGGCGGGCGUCGGAGCCACACGUCCGUCCGCCGGUCGUCCGAGCUGCGCGCGCUAUGGAGCCGGGGUGCCCGCCGCCCUGCAGCUGCUGCGAGCGGCUGGUGCUCAACGUGGCCGGGUUGCGCUUCGAGACCCGCGCGCGCACGCUCGGUCGCUUCCCGGACACGCUGCUGGGGGAUCCGGUGCGCCGCAGCCGCUUCUACGACGGCGCACGCCGCGAGUACUUCUUCGACCGACACCGGCCCAGCUUCGACGCGGUUCUCUACUACUAUCAGUCGGGCGGACGGCUGAGACGGCCGGCGCACGUGCCGCUCGACGUCUUCCUGGAGGAGGUGUCCUUCUACGGGCUGGGCGCGGCGGCGCUGGCACGGCUGCGCGAGGACGAAGGCUGCGCGGUGCCACCCGAGCGGCCGCUGCCGCGCCACGCCUUUGCGCGCCAGCUCUGGCUGCUCUUUGAGUUCCCCGAGAGCUCGCAGGCUGCGCGAGUGCUCGCCGUGGUCUCUGUGCUCGUCAUCCUGGUCUCCAUCGUGGUCUUUUGCCUCGAGACGCUGCCAGACUUCCGCGACGACCGCGACGACCCGGGGCUCGCGCCGGUGGCGGCUGCUACUGGCCCGUUCCUCACUCGGCUGAACGGCUCCAGCCCCAUGCCAGGAGCUCCUUCCCGUCUGCCCUUCAGUGAUCCGUUUUUUGUGGUGGAGACCCUCUGUAUCUGCUGGUUCUCCUUUGAGCUGCUGGUGCGUCUGGUGGCCUGCCCAAGCAAAGCCGUAUUUUUCAAGAAUGUGAUGAACCUUAUCGACUUCGUGGCCAUCCUGCCUUACUUUGUGGCGCUGGGCACCGAGCUAGCCCGGCAGCGGGGUGUGGGUCAGCCGGCCAUGUCCCUGGCCAUCCUAAGGGUCAUCCGAUUGGUGCGUGUCUUCCGUAUCUUCAAGCUAUCCAGGCAUUCGAAGGGCCUACAGAUCCUGGGUCAGACGCUGCGGGCCUCCAUGCGUGAACUAGGUCUCCUCAUCUUCUUCCUCUUCAUUGGUGUGGUCCUCUUUUCCAGUGCGGUCUACUUUGCUGAAGUGGACCGGGUGGAUACCCAUUUCACCAGCAUCCCAGAAUCCUUCUGGUGGGCAGUGGUCACCAUGACCACAGUUGGCUAUGGAGACAUGGCACCCGUCACUGUGGGUGGCAAGAUCGUGGGCUCUCUGUGUGCCAUUGCCGGUGUGCUCACCAUCUCUCUGCCUGUACCCGUCAUCGUCUCCAACUUCAGCUACUUUUAUCACCGGGAGACAGAGGGUGAAGAGGCAGGGAUGUACAGCCAUGUGGACACACAGCCCUGCGUCACACUGGAGGGCAAGGCUAAUGGGGGACUGGUGGACGCUGAGGCCCCUGAACUCCUACCACCACUCUGGCCUCCCGCUGGGAAACACAUGGUGACCGAGGUGUGAGGGACAGCGGGGGUCUUCAGGAAGCAGUGGGCGGGCGGGAGGAGGGGCAGCAGGGCAGGUGCUGGUUAAGGAGCAGAGACUGAAUGUGGAGUUAGGUCAUGUGGUAGCUCCUCAGGGGGCUUAAGUAGGCACGGAUGGCCAGGAUUUGCAUCGAGUCCAGGGGUUCCCCAUUGGUUGUGCAAAUCUCCGGGGGACCUGUGAGUAGCACUAAAAGAGGCUUGUCAUAAGUUGUGGGUUUCCUGGGUCUGUGUGGGGUCUCCUUCAAGUAUGCGAUGAGCAGUUGUGUGGCUUUGAGUCCCCGAGGGCUCCACAAGUUGGCCCCACUGUUAACUGUGAUCAUGUGGCUGCACAGUCAUGCGCAGAAGUUAUGUGGAGAUGCACAGAAGAGUGUAUGGAUUUGUGCUGCUUCUAGGACCCGCGUUAGUUUAGGUUCUGUGAGCUCUGGAGCCUUGCAGACAGAAUGUGGUCACCCUGGGUCCUGAUGGGAACAACUGGGUUCAAGUAUAAUAAGAGUUAGGAGGAGGCAGAGACCCAGAGAGUGAGGGGCAGAGACCCCCAAGCGAUAGUCUCUGCAUUGUAUAACGUUAGUGGGCUGGAACCUGGUGAGGGCCACGCGAAGCUGAGAUGUGUGUGACAGUGUGAGUCUUCCAAGGGCCGUGCAGUUGAGUCUGAGGACGUUGGUCUCAUGGGACGGACCAUGCUGACGCCUGUCACUGGGAGUCAGUCCUGUGGGAGUGUAUGUGAGGGCCAUACGGCCAUAGGACCAGGUGAAUUCGUAGCAUCAGGACCCAAGAGUCACAGCACUGAUAAAAUAACUACAAGGGAGCAAGCAUGGCCACAUGGGGGGGUGGCCCACUGAGCAAGCUUGCUCAGGGCUGUGCACUCUAGCUGGCAGUUCCUGUCUCCCUGGGUCCCCACCCCAUCCAUCUGGAGAGGCUCUGGGGGAACAAGUAGUCAGCUUAUCUUGCUCAUUUGGGACCCAGGCUAUGCUGCCCCGAGCUGUAGCACAGAGAUUCAAAGACUGGAGCUACAAGGGGAGAAAAACACAGCGGAGAAGGAGUAGGACCAGGGGGACAGAGAUCUAGAGGAAAGAGAGGAGAGAAAGGAAGGGGGUGAGAGAGAGGAAGGAGGAGAGGGAGAGGGAGGGGGGAAGGGAGAGAGACCCAGAGAGAGGAAACCAAGAAUGAGGGAUGGCACAGAGUGGUGGAUGUCAGACAUGCAGAAAGAGGGAGAGAUGUACUAAAGAGAAGAGAGAGAGAGAGAGAGAGAGAGCGGAAACCAUGUAGCCUUGAGCCCAAGGGUCAACCUUUCUGUUCUCUGAGUCAUAACAGACUCUAAGCCAUGGCGUCAGCAUCCCUCACAGCCAAGGAAGGUCACCACACUCCUGGAGGUGCUCUGUGUUUCCUAGGGCAGAAACCCAAGGCUGUAAAACGCUGUGGCUUCCCCCAAGGUCACACAGAACGUCAGAGGGCCAGGCCUGGCACCGGCCUGCCUGUUCACCCCCACAGCUUCUGGUGUGCAGGUAUUACCAGAGGCCACGGGGCCUGUGUCUUUUUGUUUCCUUUUGUCUUUUGAGACAGGG